CUGCCAUGCGACCUGAAGGAUGAACAAGGGCUGGGAUACUGCCCGGUUGCCCAAGCCCAGACAGAAGUCGAGAUGCAGAGGUCGGGUUCGAACCAGGGACCUUCCGGAGUCUCGCAACAUGGAGUUUAUGUUGGUGGGACGCAAGUGUUACAAUUUCCUACUUUUAUAAAGAUCACAUUUAAAGAUAGACCAACUAUGCACUGUCUCCGUAAAAUUGAAAGAAACAGAGAAGAGGUAGCGAUCGAGUUGGGAAGAGCUGGCAUGAAAAUAAACGCCCGAAAGACUAAAGUGAUGGUUAUUUGUGGGGACAGGAAACAUCGGGCAACAGCAGUCUCAGUCGAACCAUUUCGCUUUGCCGAGGAACUAAUCACUCCUCUGGGUCCGAUAGACACUGUAACAUAUUUGGGCAUUCCCUCCACCUCCAAGGGGAAAGGGGUCUUCAACCACCGACAGCACCUGCUCAAACUGCUCGAAGAAGUGACGCCCCUACAUGCCAUCGGUUGUGAUAUCGACUUUUUGGUUCACCAACCGGUGAUCAUCUCCUAUCGAGGGAUCUGCUUUCCUCAAUCCGCUAAGGCUGUUAUUGGACUGGGACUUCCUAAGGUCGCAGUCAGUGACUUGUGUUUGCUUGCCAUUGUGGGCUCCCUGCGUACUUAUGACACUUUUAUGCGUGGCACAUGGAGCUGA